AUGAGGGGCCUCUGUACUGUUCCCCUCCUUCUUCUCGGCCUUGCUACAGCAUCAACACCAGCCAGUAGCAGGGAUAAGCUUCAGCAAAGAGACCUUAAUAACAAUAACCCAUCCGAUCCCUGCGAUUGCUACGUCGUUUCUGGUGAAGACCCGGGGUAUUUCAAACACCACCGCUUCUACGAUUUCCGGAGCCGGGGUUUAGAGCUUGCUGCAGAUAAGGAGAAGCACCCGCAGCAACAGAGACGCAAUAUAACCUCUCGAAGACUGCCUGGGACCGGACGUGGAGGCAUACCUGGACACAUACCCGGCAGCGUGGCUGAUUUCGACUCAAAGGGCCGCGAUAAUGAAGCUGGAGGAGCCCCAGAUCCCAAUGCUGACAGCAACGAGUUCCACCCUACACUGGCCGGCAGCCGCUUCAUCGAAGACUGGGACGUCCAGAACUGGAACAGAGAGGGAUCAGCCCUCUUCCCGAUCCCGAUUAGAAACUCACAUCAUAAUGUCUUCAUAGUGCGCAAUAGCACGGAAAGGGGAGACGAAACAACACAUCUGGUUCUUCGCACUGUACGGAUGGAAAACCAUACUUCCACGGCAGAGGUUCAGACUCAUGAUACUGAUAUCGUUCAUGUUUCACUUCGGGUCAGGCUACGUUUAUAUGCUAACUCGGGCUGGUUCUAUUUUCCGAAAGAAAAGGGUGGAAACAUAAGUACCGUAGAAGAUGAUGCUCAUUAUUUCCUCCCAACUAGCUAUUGGAUAAAGGGCCCUCCAGUCGGUGCAUGUGCAGGUGUUUUCACAUACUACGGGAAAAACGACGAAUCGGACAUUGAAAUCCUCACAGGCGAUCCCCCAAACCUCGUCCGGUAUGCUAAUCAGCCGGACUGGGACCCCAAGACUGAUGAAUCCAUACCCGGUGCAAGUGAUGAGGUAGAAAUCGCUAUUCCCUGGACUCACUGGGGAGACCAUCGAAUUGACUGGUUCCAAGACAUUAGCCGUUGGUAUUUUAAUGGUGAACAACUUGUGUCGAAAACGUAUGGGGUUCCAAAACACCCGAGCAUGUUGAUCCUCAACCUAUGGAGCGAUGGCGGCGAAUGGACGGGGAACAUGACCGUCGGUUCAUCGGUAUAUAUGGGCGUUGAAUGGGUGGAGAUGGUAUACAACAAAACUGCUGAUGUUGAAGGAGCUCAUAAAAAACAUGCCCGGGCUGGUCUUGAAUCAGAAACCGAAGGCGAUGAGCACGAUAAGCACGAGGACAGCAAGGCCACGCAGCCCAGGGCGGACAAAGUCCCUUCCCUCCAAUCCGCUAGACACGGCCGCCCGAGACCCAAGAAGAAACAAGUCGGCAAAGGGAAGAUUGGUGGCCGUCCAAAAAAUAAAGGCACAGGGAAGGGCAAAGGCAAGCAUAAGGGCAAAAAGCCAAAGACAAAACCCAAGCCAAAUGACGAAGACAGCCAGGAGGAAAAGUGCAAAGUAGUUUGUCGUGUUGAUGGGGUUAGGACCCAAGGGGUCCCUGAGGUCAUUUGA